AUGAUAAACUCGCGGCCACUAAUUGAAAUAGAUGACCACAACGAAGAGUCGUUAACCCCGAACCAUUUCCUAAUUGGGAGGUCUUGCGGGGCGCCGACGAUGGGGACGUUUAAGGAAGACGAGGUCAAGGGUAGGAAAUGGAAGGCAGCGCAACACCUGGCGGACCACUUCUGGGCGAGGUGGAUAAAAGAAUACCUCCCUACUCUUGUUCCUCGUCGAAUUGGAGGCGGCGCCGACACCGCAGAUCUCCAACAGGGGGACGUGGUCAUCAUCGUGGACUCGACACUACCCCGAAACUCGUGGCCGCGAGGAGAAGUAAUGAGGGUCUACCCAGGCCCCGACGGGCGAACACGCGUGGUGGACGUACGCACCUCCACUGGCCUUCUGAAAAGGCCGAGUUCAAAAAUUAUAAGGCUGGUGAGCCAGCCUACCAUAGAAAACAAGAUCAUCGAGCAGCGACACGGCGGUCCAGAGCAGCAUCGCGUCGCCGGUCAAGAAGAUGGUGCGAAGCACGAGGGGGAGGAUGUCGGCGACGCAACUGAUGUUUAG